AUAAGUUCUAAACUACAAACGUGAGGUGACUGCGGGACAGGGGUGGAGCUGCCAUUUAGGCUAUUUGGUUCCGCAUAUAGUUGCGAGCAAUGAGUCAAAUGACAUUUGCCUUCACCAAACUUUCCUAGUCACCAGUCACCAUAUCAGAAUUUAUGCCUCUUUAGCUUUGUUGUGAGGACGGGGAACCCCAGCGUGGAGGUGUUCUGAAGACUGAGACGCAUCGAACAGACUAUGGAAGAAGCUGAACCACUUUUGUCUAGUAACAGCGGCAAUCUUCCUGAUGACUACGGAUCCCAGUAUCGUGGACUACGAGACCAUUCGAACAGUGAUGCUGGUGAGGAGGAUGAAGUUUCCAUUCAACAAGCUGUUGUAUUCCUUGAAGAUGCCAUAGAGUAUCGGUCAAUUAACCAUCGUGUGGAUGUUCAGUCGCUUAAACUGUACAGAUGGUACUACUCAAAGCUUUGGCAAUGGGGUCUAGGUGCUACCAUAGCUGUAAUUUUGAGCCUGGCUUUCUUGGAGAAACCCUCGUCGUUGUCCCGUUCAUCAGAUCCAAGGGUCAAAGCCUUACCUUGGGAGCCCCCGUGCGGUGUAACGGAGAGCAUAGAGAUGUUGUGCCUUUGCGUCUUCAUUUUGGAUUUUUCUGUUAAGAGUUAUCUGAUUGGUUGGCAUGAAUUUUGGAAGACUAAGUGGUUGAUUGGCUACAUUUUCGUCAUUGUGACCUCCAUUAUCGAUUGGACAUUGUCACUAAGCAUGCUGUGUAAUGAGACUUUUCGAGUUCGGAGAGUUAUCCGGCCAUUCUUCCUUCUUCAAAACUCUUCCCUGAUGAAAAAAACAUUAAAGUGCCUGAAGAGAACAGUCCCAGAGAUGGCGAGUGUGAUCCUGCUGCUGGCUCUGCACCUGUGUCUUUUUACAAUGUUUGGAAUGCUGCUCUUUGCUAAAACAGAGAAUCCUAAGUACAAUGGAGAAUGGGAAAACUACUUCACUGACUUACCAAAGUCUCUCUCUUCAUUGUUGGUGCUUCUCACUACAGCAAAUAACCCUGAUGUAAUGAUUCCAGCAUACUCUUUACACCGAGGAUAUUCAAUCUUCUUCAUUCUUUUCAGUGUAUUUGGUACAUAUUUUCUGAUGAACCUUAUAACUGCAAUCAUAUAUAACCAGUUUAGAGGGUACCUAUUGAUGUCUAUACAAACAUCCAUAUACAGGAGGCGCUUGGGCAUACAUGCAGCUUUUGCAGUCCUCAGCUGCCAAGGCCAACACAGCAAGAGCCCAACAGGGACUGAAGAGAAUGUCCAGCGGGAAACGCUAUUAAAGGUGCUAGAGAAGAUGCAGAUGAAGUCUUACUACAAAGAGACCAUCAUAAAGAAAAUGCCUGCUGACAGUUUAAUAAAAGGUCAGACAUUCCAGAUGUUGUUUGACGAGCUGGACAAGGAUCAGAUAAAAGAGCACCCUCCUAAGCCAGAGUACCAUCACUACUUUCUGCAGCGUCUGCAAGAAAUCUCCGGCCACUACUUUGUCACGGUGCUGGGAAAUGCAGUGGCUCUUGCCAAUGUCAUGUGUAUAUGUACUGUAUUGGUUUUGGACUCUGAGAAAGCAGUCACAGAACGUGAUGAUUAUUUAGAGAUCAUCAACUGUGUAUUUAUUUUAUUUUACUGCUUGGAGAUGGGACUAAAGAUAUUCACCCUUGGGUGGAAGCGUUACCUGUCCUACAAAAGUAAUAUUUUUGAUGGGCUGUCCACCAUUUUACUACUGAUAAUUCAAAUUGCUAUUUUUUCGGCAUACAAACUUCCACUUUGUCGCGGGAAAGAAAAGAGUCAUGGUUUUGUGCCUCUGUGGGAGAUGGUUCGUCUGAUCAACAUGCUGAUUGUUCUUCGUUUUCUGAGAAUCGUUGUUGAUAUUAAGUUAAUGGCCUUGGUGGCAAGCACUUUGAUUGACCUGGUGAAAAAUCUACGGGCUUUUGCGGGAGUCCUUCUGGUGGUCUACUACGUAUAUGCUGUUCUGGGAAUAUGGCUGUUCCAGGGCGUUAUCUCGCCACCAACACAUAAAAGUCUCUCCAAUUCAAGCAUGGAAAUCAUAUCAGCCAACGUCAGCAUGGAAUGUGGCACAUACGAGCAACUAGAAUACUGGCCCAACAAUUUUGAUGACUUUGCAUCAUCUCUGAUAUUGCUGUACAACAUCAUGGUGGUGAAUAACUGGCACGUGUUCACUGAAGCCUUCGCUCGAUACACCACAGAAUGGUCCAAAGUGUACUUUGUCUCUUGGUGGUUAAUCUCCUCUGUAGUUUGGGUUAAUCUCUUCAUUGCCCUGAUUCUGGAGAAUUUCACCUAUCGCUGGGACCACAGCCAUGCGUUCUCUGUCAUUGACGUAGAGCGCACAGCCUACCAGACAUCAGUCCAACUUAUGUUCAGAGAGCAUGUGCAACAACCUACAGAGGACGAGUUGAUGACAUCUCUUCAACAACACCCUUACCUUCAUCUCCGGUCACAGCGAGCGAAUGUUCUCUAAAUGGUUAGCUUCUAACCUCUAGAGAACCAAAUUCCCUUCACUUUCCCUUUUACGUUCUGUGUCAGUAUGGAAGUUAUCAAUAGGUUGAUGAGUCUUGUUAAAAAAAAUAAAAUAAAAAAUAAAAUAAAAAAUAUAUAUAUAUAUCUCAGGUAUGACAACGAGUCACUCGCCACUCCCACCACCCCCCACCCCUGAGGCAUACAGUAUGUGUAGGCAGAGCGUAGAUGGAAGAAAGAGCACCUACUGUACGGAUAUUGUACACGCCCUGGUCCAGAAAAAAGUUUCCACCGAAAAAGCCACACAUUUCAUUGAUUCUUGAAAGUUUGUCAAAAACACGUCUCAUCCAUGAAAUUGCUAAUCAAAUACAUUUUCAUGAGCAAAAGAAAUCCAGGUAAUGAUCAAAGAGUCUGUUUCACAAUGUUCCGAUACAUUACUGAAUUUGCUGCACAUGGAAGACCUUCAUCUAUUCUAUGGUAAUAUACUACUAUCUUUUGGAUUUGAACUACGGUACUUUUUUUCUUUCAAAAUGAAAACCUGUUUUAGCCACAUUCUCAAGAAUCAGUGAUUUAUUAUGGUACGUAUUUGCGUUGGCAUUGUUCCAUUCUUCAUACAAUGUCCACUCCAUUUCUUGUAUUGAUGAUAGUGCAGUCUGGAUGCUAUGAAAGGCCUUUUCCGCUGAAAAGAUCAAACUGACUUUCUUCCCCCCAAACUGCCACAUUUACAUUGACUAAUUGUGUUUAUGACCGCUGUAGACUACAUAUUUAUGUAGAUUUGCAGAUGGUGUGCGCAAAGUUGUUUUGGAAAACAAAAUAAAGAAAAAUAUCCGUUUACACAUAGCCUGGAAUUUUGAUGAACAACAUGUGAAGGGGCAUCCUUUUUACACAUGGCCACCACAGAGUCUACUGUAGACCUUAACCCUCUUGAGUUUCUUUGGGAUGUGCUGAAGAAGGCUUUACACAGUCAGACUGCACCAUCAUCAGUACAAGAUGGUUGAAAAAUGAAUGCAACACUGGAUUGAAGUAACUCUUGUGAUAUUGGAGACACAUAUCGGAACAAUGGAGUAGAGUAGAGAGUAGAGUAUCAUUUAUUUAUAUGUACCAUAAUCAAAGCUGAAGACCUUCCAACCACAUAUUACAGCGUGCAACUUUUUUGUUGAGUACUUUUUUGGCCAGGCUGUUUAUGAACUGUGCAUUCAUUCUCUUCCAAACCCAACUGUCCCUGGUAGCCUAGUAUUUCCCAGCAAUUAUUUUAAAAAUCUUUUUCCAUUAAUAACAUUUAGGUCAACUACUGUACAAGCCACUAUUUUUUCUUUUCUGUUCUCUGUUUUACUCAUUGGAUGGGAGAGUAAUUUGUAUUGUUUAUCCUUUUGUCUGUUUUUGUGAUUUAUUUAUUUAUUAUUAUUAUUAUUAUUAUUGCUACUAUUUUUCAUUUUAUUUUUGCAUUUGUAAUCAUUUUGCAUUGUUUACAUUACUUCAUUAUUGAUUUUAUUGCAUAUCAUUCUCUUCGCAUUUCUUUGCAAAGCACACUUGGUAUUUAAAUAUGCUACAAAUAAACUAUGAGAAUGAGAAUGUACUGCUGACAUCAAAACAAGAGAUAAGCGUGAGACUCAAGUUAUGUACAUGGCAGUUCUAGGACCAGAGUUGGCUAUAAAGCUAAUUUACAUCUGUUGUCCCUCUCAGGAAGCUGUAAAACAAAGACAUGUUAAAACAUGGACAAUAUCUAUUCACCUCUCCAAAGCAAAAGCUUUCCAUAAAACUAUUGUGCCUGAUCCACUCCUGACCAUUUUUGACUGUGUAGAAUAAUACAAUCCUAACAUCAGUGGCUAUGUAGGACAAGCUAUUUCCCUAUGCACUCUCCUGCCUAAAAGCCUCAUACUACAACCAGAGAGGGUCUAUGGGUAUUACGAGAGACGAAACUCGCGCCUUUUCCCGGGUGGUACUGUCCACUAAGUGGCGCCAUCCAAGCAGCGCAGAGGAGCGCCAAGGAGCGCAGAGGCUGUUAGAAUGAAUGGGGUCCCAUGGAGCUCAACCACAGAUGCUGCCGUUGCUUGGGAGAGAAUUGGUAUCGUGUUUUCAAUUUAAUUUUCUUAAAGGCAGGAUAAAUGAUCCUUUCAAACAGCACUUAGUUUGAAUGUUUAAACUCGCUUGAUCUUUGUAAAAUACGUCUUUAUUGACAAUAUUACGUCACAAGUGGCUUCACACACUGCGUUUGGAUUGGUCGACCGGCUGCAUUGCUGUGAUCACGACUGCCGUAAAGCAAUUUCAUUAGCAAGAUGCUAGCGGAGGCUGACUCAUAAAUGGCAAAGCUGUAAGAAAUCAAAAGGACAUAACUCCCAGGUUAUUGUACAUAUCAUUUAAAUCCACACUCGACAGCGCUCCCUAGGUGAACUGCAGGCAAGGGUUGGAGACUGUACGUAAACCCACUGUGCUACAACACUGGAAAUCAGGAGCCAAUGGCUUUGAGAUCUGGGCAGUGUAUACCGGUUGCACCAUGGCAACACAGGUGUAGACAGGGCGUUGACCAGAGCCUGGCAGCCACUAUUUGAUAUAGGGUCAGAGGCCCAGGCCGCUGACCCCUAGCAGCUGAGCUUUUUAAAUAUGAUUAUUAUUUUAUUCCUUUGUUACUUUUUUCAUUGCCACAGACUGACUUUUCACUGUCUCAGGACCUUUUUUCAAUUGGCUGUCUCUCUCUCUUUCUUUCUUUCUUCCUUCCUUUCUUCCCCAGUUUUUUUUUUCUUUUCAGGGUGGAGGGUUGCCUGGGAUUGCUGUUCUGUUUUUUUGUUCUGUGUACAACCCAAAAUAGUGAGGGAUGUGUUAUAUAAUGUUAUUUUUGUGAAAUGCCUUCUCUCCUUCAAUAAAUAUAAUUAAUGAAAAAGA